AUGUUCGCGCGAUGCCUGGAGCUGAGAGUAGAGUUCGGGCGACGCCUGGAGCCAACAGCAGAGUUCUGGCGACGCCUGGAGCCAAGAGCAGAAUUCGGGCGACGCCUGGAGCCAACAGCAGAGUUCUGGCGACGCCUGGAGCCAAGAGCAGAAUUCGGGCGACGCCUGGAGCCAACAGCAGAGUUCUGGCGACGCCUGGAGCCAAGAGCAGAAUUCGGGCGACGCCUGGAGCCAACAGCAGAGUUCGGGCGACGCCUGGAACCAAGAGCAGAGUUCGGGCGACGCCUGGAGCCUAGAGCAGAGUUCGGGCGACGCCUGGAGCCAACAGCAGAGUUCGGGCGACGCCUGGAGCCAAGAGCAGAGUUCUGGCGACGCCUGGAGCCAAGAGCAGAAUUCGGGCGACGCCUGGAGCCAACAGCAGAGUUCUGGCGACGCCUGGAGCCAAGAGCAGAAUUCGGGCGACGCCUGGAGCCAACAGCAGAGUUCGGGCGACGCCUGGAGCCAAGAGCAGAGUUCGGGCGACGCCUGGAACCAAGAGCAGAGUUCGGGCGACGCCUGGAACCAAGAGCAGAGUUCGGGCGAUGCCUGGAGCCAAGAGCAGAGUUCGGGCGACGCCUGGAGCCAAGAGCAGAGUUCGCGCGAUGCCUGGAGCCGAGAGCAGAGUUCGGGCGACGCCUGGAACCAAGAGCAGAGUUCGGGCGACGCCUGGAGCCAAGAGCAGAGUUCGGGCGACGCCUGGAGCCAAGAGCAGAGUUCGGGCGACGCCUGGAGCCAAGAGCAGAGUUCGGGCGACGCCGGAGGAGGGGCAAAGAGCUCGAACGCGGGAAGAGAGCGCGGAUAGCUCGAAUAUAG